AUGGCCGAUAAUAAAAGAGACACAAUUCGAUAUGAACUCGCCGGCGAUGAGACUCCCUACCUGAGCCCAGCUACGCCUGCGCCUCCCUAUCAAGACUUGAGGCAUGCCGCCAGCACAGGUGACCUUCCAAACGCUGUGGAAAUGCCUGCCGAGCCUGUCUUGACCAAUUCCUCGUCAUCGACAUUCGCCAAUUUCGUGGGAAGCCAUGUCAAAACUCGGGAUGAUGCCCGGGUUGAUAUCGAUUGUGACUCGAAGCUGGUUCGCACCUUUAGCCGCCUCUACCAACUGCCCGCCGAAACGUAUGAUCAAGGAGCCUCCCCAGCCCCAAGCUACACCGAAGCAGAAGCGGGGAGCCAAUCUUGGGCCACCAAACUCAACAUUGUCAUACAAGUCGUGGGCAGUCGUGGAGAUGUACAGCCCUUCAUCGCCCUCGGCAACGAGCUCCAACGAUACGGUCACCGCGUCCGUCUCGCAACACACGACGUAUUUGAGAACUUUGUGCGAGAAUCGAACCUGGAGUUCUACCCCAUUGGAGGAAACCCCGCCGAAUUGAUGUCCUAUAUGGUUAAGAAUCCGGGUUUGAUACCUAGUAUGAAGAGUCUUGGGGCUGGAGAAAUCCAGCAAAAGCGCUGGAUGGUCCAAGAGAUGCUGGAAAAGUUCUGGCACUCGUGUCUAAGACCUGAUACUUUGACUGGUCUUCCCUUUGUAGCCGAUGCAAUAAUUGCGAACCCUCCCAGCUUUGCACACGUACACUGCGCCCAAGCGCUUGGAAUUCCAGUGCACCUGAUGUUCACGAUGCCUUGGAGUAGCACCAGAGCCUUCCCUCACCCACUUGCCAAUUUGAAGAACGUUGGCAGUGAUCCUCGGGUGGAAAACUACAUCUCGUACGGCAUUGUUGAGUGGUUGACCUGGCAAGGGCUGGGGGAUCUGAUCAAUAAAUGGCGACGGUCUAUAGAUCUAGAGGAGGUGGCUAUGUUCGACGCCCCGAUGCUCACGCAGACGUUGAAAAUUCCCUUCACAUACUGUUGGUCCCCAGCCUUGGUGCCAAAGCCUGCCGACUGGGCAGCUCAUAUUGACGUAUGUGGCUUCUUCUUCCGUGACGCCCCGAAAUUCUCUCCCCCACAAGACCUCGCCGAGUUCCUGAGGGCUGGUCCGCCACCAGUCUACAUUGGGUUUGGAAGCAUCGUUUUGGAUAAUCCGGAAAAGACUAUUGCAAUCAUUCUGGAUGCUGUUGAGGCAACUGGUGCCCGUGCCAUCAUCUCUAAAGGCUGGUCCGACCUGGCGGGCUCUGCAAACGAGAACGUGUAUUGGAUAGGAGAUUGCCCUCACGAAUGGCUUUUCCAGAAAGUUGCCGCUGUUGUUCAUCAUGGAGGAGCAGGUACAACAGCCUGCGGACUAAGAAACGGGAAACCCACAACCAUCAUCCCGUUCUUCGGCGACCAACCCUUCUGGGGCCAAAUGGUGGCCAAGGCAGGUGCAGGACCAUUUCCAAUACCCCACAAAGAACUCAGCGUAGACAAUCUUGCAGAAGCUAUUCACUACUGCCUUUCAGACGAGGCCGCUGCCGCUGCAGCGCUCAUAGCCAAGAAGAUGGAAUCUGAAGUGGGAGUUCGUGCUGCUGUGCAGUCAUUCCAUAAGCAUCUCCCCCUUGAGCGAAUGAGGUGCGACCUGAUUCAGAACGAGCCCGCUGUAUGGUCAUACUCUAAGUCAAAGCGGCAUAUCAAGCUUUCCAAGAUGGCCGCAGAGAUUAUCCUUUCCAAGAGACCGGGCGAAGUCAAGUAUAUGAAGGCCUACCAGAGCAACCCUAUCUUUAUCGAAACUACGAGAUGGGAUCCGAUUUCUGGAGGCGCCUCUGCAGUCAUGGCAACAGCAACAGGCAUGGCCAGUUCCAUUACCGGUAUCGUCACGAAGCCAGUCGAUGAGUAUAGAGACGAACAGCACCGACGCGGUCGCGAAUUGAAGCAAGCUCAGGCCCAGAACAAGGCUACGGAUGGCAGGCAGAGCCUGGCGAGCAGAUCUUCUGGCGACACAUUGCGACCAAGCAGCGAACGGUCGCACCCGCUUGCUGGGAGGAUGGCAGGCGCAUCAGCCAAGAGUAUGGGGAUGAUAGGUCUCACCGCUCUCAAAGGAAUGGUGGUUGAUAUUCCUCUUGCGCUGACAGAAGGCCUCAAAUCAGUGCCACAACACUACGGCGGCGGUGUGCGCGACCAUGGACCCGUGACUGAUGCCAAGAGUGGCAUGAUAGUUGCAGGGAAGACGUUUGCCUGGGGCUUCGUUGACGGUCUGAGCGACGUUGUGGUACAGCCAUAUAACGGGGCCAGAAAGGAGGGCGCUUUGGGGACCGUCAAAGGUAUUGGAAAGGGAGUUGUGAGCCUCGCGACCAAGAGCGGAGCCGGCAUGUUUGGCGUGUUUGCGUAUCCCAGUGCGGGCAUUAGCAAGAGUAUUCGCACAGCGGUACAUAGCUCAACUCGCAAAGCGGUAGCCCGAGAACGCCACCAGGAAGGCGAGUGGAUGAUCAGGGGCGAGAGAGGGCUGCAGGUAGACCAGGACGACCUACUAAGUAGAUUCCAACAUCACUUACUUGACCGAUAG